CUUUCCAGAAGCUGCUGCACACAUCAAAGGCACCUUGAACGCACGCAGCUGGAGCAGCGCGCAAAGUUGCUGCGGCCGCAGCUGUAUAAUUGGAGAUAUAUUUUAUGGCACAUGACAUUUGCUUAUGAAAAUUGUCGCAGCAAGGUUCCCCACGGUUGAAAUAGCUUCCCAGCCCAAAGGCAUCCAGAUACUGAGUUUUGUCAUUUAGUACUGGAUUUGAGAAAGCCAGUUCAACCUGUUGUAUGCGAUCCUGAUCCUGCAAACAUUUAAGCUGAAACAUUCCCAAUGAAGGUCCUGGAUUCCAAGGAGAUUUAAAAAGGGAGAGUUUUGAGAUCAACCAUGGAUCAUAAAACUGAGGAGAAACGAAAGCAGCACCAUAGCUUGACUUUGUUGGAACAAGUAAAGAGAAUGAAGGAAUCAACAGAGAUAGUUGAUGUUGUGCUAGUUGCAGAAGGUGAGAAAUUCCCCUGCCAUAAGGUGGUGCUGGCUGCCUUCAGUCCUUAUUUCAAAGCCAUGUUUACCUGUGGCUUGGCUGAGUGCACCCAAAGAGAAGUGGUGCUGUAUGACAUCUCGGCAGAGAGCGUGUCCGUAAUACUCCACUACAUGUACAGCGCGGAUUUGCACCUCACUAACCAGAACGUGCAGACUGUUGCCCUGGCUGCGUAUUUCAUGCAGAUGGAAGAGGUUUGCAGUGUGUGUCAGAAGUACAUGACGGACCAUAUGGAUGCUUCCAACUGUGUGGGCAUUUACUACUUUGCAAAUCACAUUGGGGCGGAAGAUUUAUGUGAUCAAGCGAAGAAAUACCUGUAUCAGCACUUUGCUGAGGUGAGCUUACAGGAAGAAAUAUUAGAGAUUGAAGUCCAGCAGCUGUUGUCUCUCAUAAAAUCAGAUGACCUGAAUGUUUCCAGGGAGGAGAGCAUUCUGGACCUUGUCAUUAGAUGGGUAAACCACAGCAGAAAGUCAAGGGUAGAGUACCUUAUUGAGCUCCUGAAGCAAGUGAGACUGGUGCUUGUCAGCCCAUCCUUUCUUAUGGAAGCCCGCAAAAGGAACACCAUGAUCCUGUGCAAUUCAGAAUGCAAUGAUAUGUUCGAGGAAGCGUUGAAAACCAUCAAGCUAGUCAGCCACCCUUCUCUCAGCCUGCGAUAUGGCAUGGAGACGACUGAUCUCUUACUCUGCAUCGGCAACAAUUCCCUUGGCAUUAGGUCAAGGCAUGGGAGCUAUGCAGAUGCCAGUUUUUGUUAUGCUCCUGCAACAAAAAAGACUUACUUCAUUUCCUCUCCAAAGUACGGAGAGGGGUUAGGAAGUGUUUGCACUGGUGUUGUCACUGAGAAUAAUGAUAUCAUUGUGGCAGGAGAGGCCAGCGCUGCCAAAAUGUCUAGACAAAAAAACAGGAACAUCGAAAUUUAUAGAUACCACCAGCGAGGAAACCAGUUUUGGCACAGCCUGUGCACCGCUCAGCUCCGUGAACUCUAUGCAUUGGGUACUGUCCAUAAUGAUCUCUAUGUAAUCGGAGGGCAAAUGAAAAUGAAAAAUCAAUACCAGGUCACCAACUGUGUGGAGAAGUAUUCCAUGGAGCAAGGUACCUGGAGAAGCACAGCACCUCUGCCAGUACCACUAGCCUGCCAUGUGGUGGUGACAAUGAAGAAUAAGCUGUACGUGCUGGGUGGCUGGACACCACAGAUGGAUCUGCCUGACGAUGAGCCGGAUCGAUUAAGUAACAGAAUGUUUCAGUACGACCCAGGCCAAGACAAAUGGACAGAGCGUGCACCAAUGAAGUACUCCAAAUACCGCUUCAGCGCUGCCGUGGUCAACAGUGAGAUUUAUGUCCUGGGAGGAAUUGGAUGCCUUGGUCGUGACAGGGGGCAGACACGGAACUGUCUUGAUGCAGUGGAGAUUUAUAACCCUGAUGGAGACUUCUGGAGGGAUGGACCUCCUAUGCCUUCUCCCCUCCUCUCCUUACGAACAAACUCUACCUGUGCAGGCUCAGUGGAAGGGAAGCUGUACCUCUGUGGAGGAUUUCAUGGAGCAGCUCGUCAUGAAGUCAUCACCAAGGAGAUCCUCGAGCUCGACACGUGGGAGAACCAGUGGAACGUGGUGGCCAUCAAUGUCCUUAUGCAUGACAGCUAUGAUGUCUGCCUUGUUGCGAGGCUGAACCCACGGGAUCUUAUCCCUCCUCCCCCUGAUUUAGUGGACCAAUAGAAGCUCAGUGACUCUCUGCUUCCAGAUUCUGCAGAAAUGGAAGAAUUUGUAGAAAUAAAUUCUGUGUUGGCUCUGGAUGACAGCUGAGCACCAUGGAGAGAAGCCUGCAACACAUGCUUAAGGACAGAGAUGCCUUUGAACUGAGCUUCUUGGACAAUGCUUAAUUUGCUAGUACUGGUACUUUUUUGAUUGAAAGCUGAGGUUGCCAUCCUCUGUGUGUCGCUCAGGCACACUGUCUCUUGGUCUUCCAUUUGGAUGUGCAAGCUCCAGUGUUUGGUGCAGCCUGGGCUUCUGGGACCUCUGCCUCGCAGGCAAGGAGGCAGCCCAGGGCUCACGUCACAGCAGAGCACCCCAUAGGAAGGAAAGCUCUAGCCAGGGAAAACCCUCUUUUGUUGUUCAGCCCACUGAGUUCUUCUAAGCUACCGAGGGGAUUAAGAAAUAUCUGAAGUCAGCUGGUGAAAACCAGUCCAGCUGUACCACAGUGACAGGCUAUUUGGCUGAUGUAGGAGUGGAGGGAAGACAGGGAAGGGCAUUUGUUUAUUUAAACAAAAAAGCAUUAGUCAAGGUUUGUUAACCAAGUACAUCAGCUACUGCAAACAUUAUCUAACCCACAGCCAGGACAGUCAAGUAAUCCUUUCUUUGUCAGCAGAGCUGAGCCUGUGCUGGCGGAAAACUGGUCUUCUGGCAACAAGUCACAACUGAGUCUUCCAAAAGAGAUGGCUAUCUUCUGUACCAAAGAGAAGAAGAAUCCUAAAUUUUUGCAUAGAUUCUACCUGUCAUGAGGCAGGACCACCUGGUCUUGUGUGACCAGAACCUUAAAGCUACAAAACCCUAGCUUUAGCAAAUGCUAAAAGAGUGAAUGAUAAAAUUACACAAGAAUGAUCACUGUCAGCAAGAAGUUGCUUUUAAGGUUGUAAAAGCAGUGACAAAACUGGAUGGAAAUAAUUGGCAAAGAAAUGAAGGAAUCCAUCAGGUAGUUCAUCUGUAGUUACUAGCCUGUUUUGCAAUUCAGAGCACCUCCAUUUUCUUUUUCAAUCACUUAUUAGGCUGGAAAAAAAAAAAAUUUUGGUGGUGGCUUUUUGGGUUUUGUUUUGUUUCGUGUUUUGCUUGUAAUGCAUAUGGCAGAGAGGGAUGGAGAGGACAGCCCCAAAGCCCUUCCUCAGUUCUGACUUUUCUGAUUCCUGACUUGCUCUCUAGAAUAUCCAGUGGGAAUAUUAAACUGCUGUAUAAAAACAAUUAGCAGGAAGGUCACUGAAGUUUACUUGAUAACUGUAGUCCCUUGCUGAGGAUCCCUCACACAAUAAGGGAGGUGGGGGGGGGGGGACUAAGGAAAACAUGCAGAAAAGGAGUAAUCUGUGAGCUGAAAAACUGAUCUCUUCUCUCCCUAUUUCACAGGCAAAAUGAGUGUCACAGCCUAAAUGCAUACUCUUGUGUUCAUAUCAGUUCUGUAUUGUCCAGGGAUUUGGUUUUUUUUCUUCCUUUGAUAUGUGGGUUGUCAUCUGUCUAGUGGAGAGUUGUGAAAGCAAGAACUCAGUGGUGCUCAUCAGUGACCAUUUCUUAAUCUUAACCUCUCUGGUCACAAAACAGUAUUGUAGGUGUAAGACUAAAGAAGUUACAAAUUUCUGCUUUAAUACGUUUUUAAACAAAACCAGUAGAUUGUUUUCCAAUUAACUGUGCAACAUCAGAAACUUUUUUUAACUUUAGCUGUUACUGUGAACUAAAGGUAAUCCUGUAAUUUCUCUGCAGAGCUCUCAAAUCAGCAGGAAGCAAUGCUCUUGAGAGGCUGCUCUCAGCCAAACCGCUGUUUCCUUCUGAUUACUUCAAAUUCUGCAAUGUAUCUACUGAUUUUUCUAUCACCGUUUUUGUUUUAAGGGAGAAUGCUUUAAGGGGUGGGUGUUUUUUUGUCUUUGGUCUCUGCUCUGUGUCUAUGCCUGAUGAUUCAAAUCCUCCGUUGUGUAAAGCCUGAGUUAAUCUGCUGGAUUUCACACUCUUGGUGGUUCAAGUGGGGAAGGAGGCUUUUGCAGACUUUCAUUUGACAUAUUUGAAUGUGUAUGUGGAACACAGCUGAGACUCCUCUGUUAAACUGUUAUUCCAGUAGCGAGCUCGCUGUUUCCCUCAUGCUUCGUAUGCUUUCUUUUUAGGGACAAUUAGUGAGCAGAGUGAAAAGCGUAUUCCUUGAGGUCGUCUCUCUUGAUCACCAAGGAAAGUAAUUGCAUAUGUUUAUAUGUGGGCAUUGCAAUCAGAUAUCUUGAGCCAUAGUGGACAAUUAAGAGAUUUUUCUUCACGUGCCACUGGAAAGCUAUCUGCUCUCGCUUUCAUGGAGCAUUGCUUUUCUUCUGCCCAUGUGGUCUGGCUCUUAGCAGGGACUCUGGUGUGUCCCUCUGUUUCUGUCCAUGUCCAGUAGACAGCAGGGCAUUGUUUUCUUCUGGAUUAAACAUCUAGAACAGGGGGCAAAGGCAAACUAAUUUAGGUUCCAACUUUAAAAUUUUGUGGGGGCCCCAUUUAGUUCAUCGUUUGUCCCUGGGGUGACUACAGUUUCUAAGCUAAUACUUGGAAAUGAAAGCUUGAGGAAAGGAAGGAAGAAGUAGAAAGCAUGCUUAUUGAGAGGUACAGAUCUGAGCCAAAAUCCUUCCAAGAGUAUGUGAAUGUGUCAGCAUGUCUGAUAUGUUCAUGGGUAAUCUCACAUAGCUGGGAAAGUCCUUAAGAGCUUUAAUUUCUUCUAUUACAAAUCCUGAUGCAAGUAAAUUACAGAAUAUGCAUUCUCCAAGCUUGUGAGCUUUACUGAAAUAAUAGUUUACUUCAGCCACUUUCUGGCUGAGCCAUAGUUAGCUGAGUGUUUAAUCAAGGCUGCCUUGACAUCGUCCAUAAUUCUAAAAUGUGAACAAAGCAGCGCUGACAAGCUAUGGACUAUUUAAAUGAAUGGGGGGAUUAUUAAGCAAAGGCAUGCACUUCAGUUUCACUUGAAACACUGAAGUACAUCACUAGUUGCCAAAUAUGAAGAAAAAUGUUGGAGAGGUAACUGGUCAUGUGGCCCACAGGGAAUAAAAAAAUGAAAUGCUCUGAAAAGCUAAUUGAGGCUCUCCGUUUUUAUCCCCAGUUAGUGUUUUAUUUUGAAAUUGUCCAUGCAUAACUGAUUUCACAAUGAUCCCUGUGGAUGUCUAAUCUGUUUUCAUCCAUGUGGUCAUAGGAACUGCUCACAUGUAUAAACCAUCAGGCACUUGACUACCCAUUCUACUCUACUACGGUGGCUUGUGGCUCAGUCCCUGCCCAUACCUGGCAAACACACACGCGAUUUCCAUGUGUGCAAUACUGAAAUGCAUGGGGCAGGUGCUGGAUUGUGUUCCAGCUGAAUUCUGCCAUUUGGGAUGCUUUGACUUGCCAGCAGGAAAUCUCCUUGGUGCAUAUAAAGCUGUCGGACAGCUUCCCCCACCAGCACUCCCAGGUAUGUUCCAGGCAAGAGGCUGAGGUAGCAUCAAAACUGAGAUACCAGCGACAAAGCUUAGAGCUGUUCCCAGAAUGUUACAAUGCACAGAGGAGUCUAGUGGAGCAGAAGGGAGUCUAGUGGAGCAGAAUGAUGCUCACAUCUCUUCCUAGAGGAAGUUUAAUAUGUAAAAGGAUCGCAUCCUAGAUGUUAAUCUUAGUUUUCCUCUACUCCAAGGGUGUAUUGAUAUCCUUGAUCACCUGAAAAGCAACAAAAACAAAUGCUAGUGUAUAUGUAUAUAAUUUUAAAAUAUAUUUAUGAAGAUCUGUAUUGUUUUUUCUGCUGAUCUGGAAAAUGACAUUAAUUUAAUAUGGAUUUACCUAGUGAAUGCUAUCUUCGCUACAGGGAUGGUCUUUCUCAUAGGCUGUUCUCCUAAUGGAUUAUGUAGUACCUCUGAAAAUUUGUUUCAUGAAUCUUAAUGCUUUGAAUCACCAGGUCAGAAUUUCAGCUGCUCUAUUGCACAUUUCUGUGACUCUUCCUACAGCUUUUCAAGUGGACUCUAGCUGUAGCUUCAAAGCAAUGCUAUUUCACCCCCAGUUGUGCUCAGCUGGAACUAGUACAUUUGCAAUUUACAAUCAUUUGACAUGUUGAGGUUGAAAGCAAAGGAAAUAUUGGAAAACGGAGAAAAUAUACACAGGGCCUACACAGAGUACACUUUCCUUCUUUUUCCCUGUGUUCAGUGCCAGGCUUGGGUGUCUAAUGGAAUGAUUUAAUAACAACCCAUGAUUGCAGCCAUGGCAAAGGCCAUGCUGCGACUACGCUUGUGCUGCUGGAGCAGAGAACCAGCACGGAGCAGAGAUGUGGCUCCUGGCAGACUUGCCUGCCUCGCUAGGAGAAAUUACCUUCAAACAAAAAUGCAUUUAAGUGUUCCAGGAUGUAUGGUUGUAUGUGUUUUAUAUACAUAUGUAUAACAUUAUUUUUAGAAGUUCUUUACUGACAGCAGCAGGAUCCAUUUUUAAUACAUACCUGGCAACUCUGUCUUCUGCAUAUCUCAUCAAAGUAUUUCAAAUAAAGUGUUGU